AGCCCACCCCGCGCGCGGCCCCGGCGGAAGGAGCGGCCUCGCCGGCUGCUUCCGCCCGGUUUCGGUCAGACGCCGCCGCUACGCUGGGUGUCGGGGAGCCUGCGGAGGGGGAAGCAAACAUGAAGUCAGCGUCAGAGGAGGCAAUCCCAUUACACGAAGAAUUUAUCUACUGUUGCGGAGCUGCUACCCAUGUCUUGAAGUGUGGGCCCUGGAAAGACCUCUCAAAAGAUGAAAGUAAAAAUCUACCCAGGCUUUUAUUCAUGAUUAUUCCUGGUAACCCUGGACUGGCAGGUUAUUACAGGACCUUUAUACAGGCCUUGUAUCGUGGACUCAAUCAGCAGUAUCCCGUUUGGGUUGUGAGCCAUGCUGGACAUUGUAAGCCUCCUAGUGGUAUGGAAAUGAUAGAAGACACAGAUAUAAAGGAGCUAGAGGAUGUUUUUGGACUUAACGGACAAGUAGAGCAUAAGCUGAACUUCCUCAAAAAGAAUGUAUCAAAAGAUAUAAAGCUGGUACUGAUUGCUCAUUCUAUUGGUUGCUACAUCACACUGGAGAUGAUGAAGCGAGCAUCAGAACUUCAGGUUCUUCGCUCUGUGCUGCUGUUCCCGACGAUAGAGCGCAUGGCUCAGUCCCCCCAAGGCAAGCUCAUGACCCCUCUGCUGUGCAAACUUCGUUACGUUCUGUACAUGCCCGUCUACCUGCUCUCCUUCCUGCCGGAGGGAGUCAAAGCCUCCCUGGUGCGGUUUGCUCUGCGAGGAAUGAAGACCUGCGAUGAAUCUUCCAUAACGACCUCCGUCAAUCUCUUCAGCGUGGACUGCAUUGCCAACAUCCUGUAUAUGGCAAGCCAAGAAAUGUUGAAGGUUGUGGAGAGAGACAGUACAACCAUAAAGGAAAAUUUAAAGAAGCUGAUUUUUUACUACGGAAGGGGAGACAGCUGGUGUCCACAGCACUACUACGAUGAGAUCAAACUGGAUUUUCCAGAUGGGGACAUUCGACUUUGUGAGAAAGGGCUCCGCCACGCCUUUGUGCUGGAUGCCAGCAAGGAGAUGGCUGCCAUGAUCACAGACUGGUUACAGGAUGAUCUGACCAAAUUAUAAACACAAAUUCAGUGAUUAACAAGAAAAUGAUGUAAUUAUUUUGUGAACGUGUAAUUUUUUGUGAGAGAGUCUGUCCUAUUUUUUUUUCCUGUUUAUUAUAGAUUAUGGCUUGUUUUCUAUUGAGAUGUUUUAGAGAAAGUUAAAGAGAGACUGGCUGGUCCAAAUUAUAGUUUUAUUGAUCGAAUGGUGAUGUACCUUCAUCCUGUGUCUUCAGGACUCUGCAGGAGUUGGCAGAGGGUGGAAUAUUUAUUGUCUGCUCCCACUCUAGGCAACACUGAUACUAGAUUCACUGGCCACAAGUGUACCUGAGAUACUACCAGCUCCCUUACCUGCUGGAGAGCGGUCAGGGGUGGGUUUGAGGCAGCCCAGCUGGCCCGAUUUAGACAGAAAUACCAGGCUACUCUGUAGGGAUAAAAAUCCCCCUGUGGAUGGAUCCUGGUACACUGUGAAAGGCCUGACCCUCUCCUCGUGUCCCAUCCGUCCGUGUAACCCUGGAGCAUGAAGCCAGAAGAGCCCAAGGCCCCAGGACAACCCUAAGGUUGUCUCCUCCAGGCCAGAUGGGGUUGGUAGUCAAUCAGAGGUCAGGCUGAGCUCGGGAUGAGUACAGGGGAGAUGUGUGGAUGAGGUGUGCAGUUUCUCCAAGUCUCAGAAUUAGGACUCCACAGGGUAUUAAAAAUACCAUAAGGCAACUGUGGCUGCUCAGGGAGGGAAUACACACGGAGCUCUUGUCUGAAGCUUGGCCAAGUGUUUAAUUUUUCGAUUGACUGUAGAGAAGGUAAAGAAUGUUGGUCAAAAGUGCUGCUAUUAAAAGGUUAAAAUGGGUUGCAGAAUCUGUCUAUAACUACUUAUAGGUGGCCUAGAUCUCCUAAUGAAGCCUAUGGGAACAGUGCUUGCUCAGCAACUUUAAAGAAUUAAACCAGUUUCAGUGCAUACCUAAAUUUCAGUUCUUUGCUCUAAGGACUGCAGAAUGAAAUUUUCUGCCAAGCCACAAAUUAGAUAAGUUCUCUGUGAGAAAAUGGCUAUUACUCUGCCACGGUUGCACCCAUGAAAUGGCAUGGGACGUUACUAUUGAGGAACAGAUCCUUGCUAUAGCAUGUUGCUGACACUGUUCCUCACGUUUGUUCAUUCCUCUCCUUUACAGAUAGCAAAAAAGAAAAACCAGAAAAAAAACAUCCUACCACUUGUGAUAACAGCAGAAGUUACAGGCAAUAGCUGGAAAUGAAAAUAAUGUAAGUGAGGGGAACAGAGCCAGAUGGAAUCAGGAAAAGCUUUCUAGCCAUGAACCUGUGAAAUGGUCUCCCUGUGGAGUUCAUAGAGACAUUUAUAAAUAAACAAAACACUAAAGACUAUAGUCAAGGGAAGUCCUGCCCUUGCAAACAGAUGAAUUUAGAUGAUGCACUGGGUAUCUGACUUACAUAAUUUAUUAACAGAUUUAAUGUGGUGCUAGUGAGAAUGGCACUGGGGAAUGUUCUCUGUGAUGCAGAAAGACCGAUUAAUUCCUUACUUUUCUUGCACAGUUAUAUACUCCCCUUCCACUUCUCUCUAAACGCCCCCUGAAUUUUUCACUAAUAUUUAGAGCAAUUUGUAAUCGAAUUCAGUUUCUGGAUAUUUUGGACUAGCUUUCAAACCUGCAGAACAGACAGUGGAUUUAAGUGACCUUCUUUGCAUCAGAAACUGGUUUAGCUUUUGGGACUAGCCAGUGGAUUUUCAGAUUACACUGCCGCGGGGCGAAACAGCCGGCGGGUGCUCGAGGCAGAAGUGUUGAGACCAGGGUUGCAGAAGCACGUGAAGGAACGAGGUAUGUUCAAAGUGAAGGGACCGUCCCUGUGCAACUGAUUCUGUUUAUCAGAGAGCUGUGGGACUUCUAUCAACAGGGCCAUAUUCAGUCGUGAUCAAAACACUUCUCGUGCUCACUUUAGAAACCCAUCGUUGUAUGUGUCUGUGUGUGUUUAAUCAGCACCCAGAUGUUGCCAAGAGUUCCUGUUGGGUGGCCCUUAUGGCAGAUGCUGAAGGCAUCUGUUGGCCUGGGUGCUCCCUGGGGCAGAGUGAAGGGGUGUGUGUUCACAUACCUUGAGCUAUAUAUAUGUACACGUAUAUAUGUACAUAUGCACGUCUGUAUGUUAGCAACAUAAAAAACUACAGUUCACUUGAUUGUUUUGGUUCACACGUCGAUCUGGUUGAACAAAGCUUUUGUUCUUCAGCAGUAAAUGGAAUGGGGUCAUUGAGGGUUUGUAGAAGUUCAGCUGUUGUAGUGGAUCUCCUGAGGACAGGAAAAACCUUGCGUUAACCAAAGAUGACAAGCAACUACUAAAGCCUGGGAACUGAAGCGCCUCCGAGAAGCAGUUGUUUACAGUGCAUUAUUCGUAUACUUUGUAUGAGGAAUUAAUUUAGCAAUACUUGUACUUGACUUGUGUAUGCCUUUUAUACAAACGUUAAUCUGUUAGACUAAAUCCUACUGACUUCGUUAAGACCUAAACUGAGAUUAGAGCUGGUCAGCCAUGACCGUAUCCACUGCAGGAUAAUAAUGCCUUACGAUUUUCUUAAAUGCAUUUUCUCUGAGGUUAUCAAAACCGUAUUGAUUCAAUUGCUACCUUCCUCCUAGAAGCUGUUACCGUAAGGCUGAGAUCUGAAAAUCUGCCACUCUCUUCGUUGCACAAAAGCCCGGGUGUAGUUUUCACAGCUGGAUUCCCCAAGAGGAGCAGAUCCCCCACGGUGAGCACCCGGCUCCUCCGAAGCCCGUAGCGUUCCCCGGGACCCCAGGCAAAGAGCCUCAAAAGUGCUCGUGGUCCAAAUGUGCCAACUUACCCUGAAAACGCGGUGUGGUCAUGCCUGUUUUAGACUAUUUUAGAGUUUUUGGGAAACCUAUCGCAAAUGAAUUGACCGUUUGCAGUAGCACCUAAUCUCUGUCGUUCACACUUGUGCUUGCUCCUCCCCAGGCGAGUGCUCCUGCUAGUUUCAAUGACUUUGACUCAUGUUCAAGUGUUUUGCUAGAUCGAUACCUUUUAUGAGUAAGUACACAACUCCAAUAACAAAAAUAAAGACAUUUAUGGUAAAAUGUAACUGGA